UCAUGUCCGCUUGGCUUGCGGGACCCACAACAUAGCUUCUUGCACGUAGGCUUUGGCGCCUGGCCUAAUGAUCGCCUGCAUUUGCCCACAUGUUAAUAACACUGUUCCUCAAAUCUCAUUGGCUCACUUCACCCCUUUCUCCACCAUUUGGCAUACCUUCCAAUCCUUACCAUGAACCUUCACACAGCCGAUCCUUACACCAAACACCCUGACAGCGCGACGACUAUGCGAAAAAAAAGUCAACAAUCUUCUUCUGUUCAGAUAAAAGAUUCGAGAACCUCCUCUGAAUCAAUCCGAUUAUGGAGUCCUAAUUCCUCAUAAUCCACCAUCAAUAUCCUCUUUUUUAAUAAUGACAAAAGUUUCUUCUUCCAAAACGGCGGAGCAACGGCGGAGCAGCCGCAGCCGGCGGACCAAAUUCCAUAUAAUCACCACCGUCUCCUUGAUAGCAAUCAUCUUUACCUACAUGUUCAAUACAAACACUUUCAUUUCCAAUAUUUCAUUUAAUUUCACAACCAAGAACAUAAUCCCACUUCAAUCUCAUCUGUUGGAGAAUCAAACAUUCAUAGUCAAUCAGUUGAAAUCGACUUCAACGAUUCAUGAUCCCGUUUUGAUCGUUAAAGAAGUCAUCGUCGGAGAAUCUGAUCAGAUUCAGAACCCACUGCUUCCACCCAUCAAUCUCACCAAGAAACAAAGAAUCAGUUGGUUCAAGAACAAGCUUCCCGAAUUCGAUAUCUUGAAAUCCAACAAAGAAUUCGAAGUUCGAGCUCGAGAGUUUCUUAAGGAAUGCAAAGUUCGAUUCUUCAUGACGUGGAUAUCGUCGCCGUUCAGGGUUUUUGGUGAACGAGAGUUUCUUGCUGUCGAUGCUUUGUUUAAAUCGAAUCCAGAUAGUUGUUUGAUGAUAUUAUCGACCACGAUAAUGGAUAUCGUUUAUGGGUUUAGAAUCUUGAAACCCAUCGUCGAUCGUGGGUUUAGGGUUCAGGCGAUCACACCGGACUUGAAUUUCUUGUUCGAAAACACUCCGGCGAAAUCUUGGUUCGUUCAUAUCAAGAAUGGGAAUCGAGAUCCUGGUGAAAUCCCAUUAGCUCAGAAUCUUUCCAAUCUCAUCAGACUCGUGGUUCUUUACAAAUAUGGUGGUGUUUAUCUCGACACCGAUUUCAUCCCUUUGAAAGAUUUCAGCGAUUUACAGAACUCGAUAGGAGCACAAAGCGCAAACCCAUCUGGUAACUGGACGAGAUUAAACAACGCAGUUUUGAUAUUCGAUAAAAACCAUCCAUUGUUGUACAAAUUCAUCGAAGAAUUCGCGUUGACUUUUAAUGGAAACAAAUGGGGUUUCAAUGGACCUUACCUUGUUUCAAGAGUGGUGGAAAGAGAAUCAAGAACAUCAGAUUACUCUAACUUCAGUGUUUUACCGCCAUUAGCGUUUUAUCCGGUGGAUUGGACUCGUAUCGGUGGGUUAUUCCGGCGGCCGGUGAACCAGGGCCACCGGAGAUGGGUGGAGAAGAAGGUGGUGCAAAUAAGAGAGUCGAGUUAUGGAGUUCAUCUCUGGAAUAAACAAAGUAGAAGCUUUAGGAUAGAAGAAGAAAGCAUCAUGGCGAGAUUAAUCUCUGAUCACUGUGUCAUUUGCAAAUUCUUCAACAAAACUCAACGACUUAAUCAUUCAGACACUUUGUUCAUCAUUUCAUGAUCAUUUCACAAAACUUCGAUUCUCUUUUGAUGUAAAUAACAAGACUUUGGUGUAUACAAAUCACAACUU